UUUUUUUUUUUCCUCCUCUCCGUCUCCGUCUCUCCCUCUCCCUCCGUCUCUCUCUCUCUCUCCCUUUCUGUCGCCCCCAGUGCAACUUUUGCAGGGAGCCCCGGCGCACGCAGCCAUGCCGCGCUGAGCGCGGGGGCACGGCGCCAGCCCCCCUCCCUCCCUCCCUCUCUCCCUCCCUCCCUCCUUCCCUCCUCCCUCCCCAGCGCCGCCGUCCCGAGCCGGGGGGGCCCCGCCGCCCGCCGCCCCUGCCCGGCCCCGCGCCUCGCCCCGGCCCCGGCCCGGCCCGGCCCGGCCCGGCGCGGCGCCGCCGCCCCCCGCCCGCUCGCCCGCCCGCCCCGGCCGCGUCGGAGGGCCGGCAGCGGGGCUGGAUGUGCCCGGCUCCCCCCGCGCUGAGGCGGGCAGCGAUGCAGAAGGCAGGCGGCAGCUUCGCCUCCGCCGAGAGACACCCGCUCAAGAUGGCAGAUGUGUGCUGAGUUUGGGGGGCUGCGAUCUCGCGUCGUUCGUGGCGGCGUUGCCAUGAAUAACAGGCGUCCUUGCACCGAUGGCCCCCAUGUACGAAGUUGAUCACUGCAACAGAAAUGAAGGUGGGGGUAUUGAAGCAAGCUGGAGCGAUUGCUUUGCUGGUUAUUUGUGUGUAUGGCCUCGCAUGUGCAAGUUUUCUCUCCUCACACCCUUCAGUCAAGUGCCUUCUGUAGCGUGAAGAAACUGAAAGUGGAGCCGAGUUCUAACUGGGAUAUGACUGGGUACGGCACACACAGCAAAGUCUACAGCCAGAGCAAGAACGUGCAGUCCUCCCAAGCAGCUGCCGCCGCCGCUGUCAACGCCUCCCUCCAGAUCCCCAACCCGAGCAUCCCGUACGAGCAGACCAUCAUCUUCCCAGCCAGCACGGGGCACAUCGUGGUGACGUCCGCCAACAGCACUUCUGGUGUGGUUGCAGUGUCUGGGCAAACACUGGGCGGGCCACACAACCUGAUGCGUCGCAGCACUGUGAGCCUUCUGGACACCUACCAAAAAUGUGGACUUAAGCGGAAGAGUGAGGAGAUCGAGAACACAAGCAGCGUGCAGAUCAUCGAAGAGCACCCACCAAUGAUUCAGAACAAUGCCAGUGGGGCCACCAUAGCCACCGCCACCACCUCCACGGCCACAUCCAAAAACAGUGGCUCCAACAGCGAAGGGGAUUACCAGCUGGUGCAACAUGAGGUGCUCUGUUCCAUGACCAACACAUACGAAGUGUUAGAGUUUCUUGGCCGGGGAACCUUUGGACAAGUAGUCAAAUGCUGGAAACGUGGCACUAAUGAGAUUGUGGCCAUCAAGAUCCUGAAGAACCAUCCUUCCUAUGCCCGGCAAGGCCAGAUUGAAGUGAGCAUCCUGGCUCGGCUGAGCACAGAAAGCGCAGAUGACUACAACUUUGUCCGCGCGUACGAGUGCUUCCAGCACAAGAAUCACACGUGCUUGGUCUUUGAAAUGUUGGAGCAGAACCUCUAUGAUUUCCUAAAACAAAACAAAUUCAGUCCCUUGCCCCUUAAGUACAUUCGACCAAUUCUCCAGCAGGUAGCAACUGCCCUAAUGAAGCUGAAAAGCCUGGGACUGAUUCAUGCUGAUCUCAAGCCAGAGAACAUCAUGUUGGUAGACCCAUCCCGACAGCCAUAUAGGGUCAAGGUCAUAGACUUUGGUUCAGCUAGCCAUGUGUCUAAAGCCGUGUGUUCUACCUACCUUCAAUCCAGAUAUUACAGAGCCCCUGAAAUCAUCCUCGGUUUACCAUUUUGUGAAGCAAUCGAUAUGUGGUCAUUGGGAUGUGUCAUUGCAGAACUGUUCUUGGGCUGGCCUUUAUACCCAGGAGCUUCAGAGUAUGAUCAGAUCCGCUAUAUUUCACAGACACAGGGCUUACCAGCAGAGUAUUUGUUAAGUGCAGGGACAAAGACUACAAGGUUUUUCAACAGGGAUACAGACUCACCAUAUCCUUUGUGGAGGCUGAAGACGCCAGAUGAUCAUGAGGCAGAGACAGGGAUUAAGUCGAAGGAAGCAAGGAAGUAUAUUUUCAACUGUUUGGAUGAUAUGGCACAGGUAAGAGCACUGGUGAAUAUGACAACAGAUUUGGAAGGAAGUGAUAUGUUGGUGGAAAAGGCAGACCGGCGGGAGUUUAUAGAUCUGUUAAAGAAGAUGUUGACGAUAGAUGCAGAUAAGAGAAUAACACCCAUUGAAACUCUGAACCAUCCUUUUGUCACCAUGACACACUUGCUUGAUUUCCCUCACAGCACACACGUCAAGUCCUGCUUCCAGAACAUGGAGAUUUGCAAGCGGCGGGUGAAUAUGUACGACACCGUGAACCAGAGCAAGACACCAUUCAUCACCCAUGUAGCCCCGAGCACAUCUACCAACUUGACCAUGACUUUUAACAACCAGCUGAACACGGUUCACAACCAGACCACCAACCUGGCUCCCACCUCCUCCAGUGCCACUAUUUCCUUAGCCAACCCCGAAGUCUCCAUACUAAAUUACCAAUCUGCACUCUACCAGCCCUCAGCGGCGUCCAUGGCUGCGGUGGCCCAGCGGAGCAUGCCCUUGCAGACAGGAACAGCGCAGAUCUGUGCCCGGCCCGACCCCUUCCAGCAAGCUCUCAUCGUCUGCCCACCAGGCUUCCAAGGGUUACAAGCCUCCCCUUCGAAGCAUGCUGGGUACUCGGUUCGGAUGGAGAACGCCGUUCCCAUCGUCACUCAGGCUCCUGGGGCCCAGCCUCUUCAGAUCCAGCCAGGACUCCUCGCACAGCAAGCCUGGCCCAGCGGCACACAGCAGAUUCUGCUUCCUCCCGCCUGGCAGCAGCUGACUGGAGUUGCUACCCACACAUCUGUCCAGCAUGCGACCGUGAUCCCAGAGUCCAUGGCUGGGACCCAGCCACUGGCAGACUGGAGAAACACCCAUGCUCAUGGCAGCCACUAUAACCCCAUCAUGCAGCAGCCCACGCUGUUAGCUAGCCAUGUGACUCUUCCCGCAGCCCAGCCCGUGAACGUGGGUGUCGCGCACGUCAUGCGCCAGCCGCCCGCCGCCACCACCUCCGCCAGGAAGAGUAAGCAGCACCAGUCGGCACCCCGAAAUGCAUCCACCUAUGAAGUUUCAUCCUCUCAGUCCAUCAGCUCGCCUCAGCGGUCGAAACGAGUGAAGGAAAACACCCCGCCUCGCUGUGCCAUGGUGCACAACAGCCCUGCCUGCAGCACCUCCGUCACAUGUGGUUGGGGCGACGUGGCGACCAGCACCACUCGGGAGCGGCAGCGGCAGACGAUAAUCAUUCCCGACACCCCCAGCCCCGCAGUGAGUGUCAUCACUAUCAGCAGCGACACAGACGAAGAGGAGGAGCAGAAGCAUGCGCCCACCAGCACCUUGUCCAAGCAAAGGAAGAACGUCAUCAGCUGUGUCACUGUGCAUGAUUCCCCCUACUCAGAUUCCUCCAGCAACAACAGCCCUUACGCAGUGCAGCAUCGCACAGGGCAAAACAACGGGAACACCUAUGACACCAAAGGGGUUCCAGAGACUCACUGCAGUGGGAACCCCCGAACGAUCAUCGUGCCGCCACUGAAAACCCAGGCCAGUGAGGUGUUGGUAGAGUGCGAUAGCCUGGCGCCAGUCACCACCAGUCACCACUCAUCCUCCUACAAGUCCAAGUCCUCCAGCACCGUGACCUCCACCAGCGGUCACUCUUCAGGGAGCUCGUCUGGAGCCGUUGCCUAUAGGCAGCAGCGACCAGGAGCACAUUUCCAGCAGCAGCAGCCUCUUAAUCUAAGCCAGGCCCAGCAGCACAUCACGACCGAUCGCACAGGGAGUCACCGGAGACAGCAAGCCUACAUCACUCCAACGAUAGCUCAGGCCCCGUACUCUUUCCCGCACAAUAGUCCCAGCCAUGGUACAGUUCAUCCUCACUUGGCCGCAGCUGCCGCUGCUCACCUGCCCACCCAACCCCACCUCUACACAUACACCGCCCCCGCUGCACUGGGCUCCACGGGCACCGUUGCUCACCUGGUGGCCUCCCAAGGGUCUGCGCGGCAUGCUGUGCAGCACACCACCUACCCCGCCAGCAUCGUCCACCAGGUCCCUGUCAGCAUGGGCCCGCGCGUUUUGCCCUCACCCACCAUCCACCCGAGUCAAUACCAGGCUCAGUUUGCCCAUCAGACCUAUAUCAGUGCUUCUCCAGCCUCCACAGUCUACACUGGAUACCCACUGAGCCCCACCAAGGUCAACCAGUACCCUUACAUCUAAACACUGGAAUAAGGAGCAAGAGACACACCCAUCACGAGGGAGUGAGGCGGCUGCUUUUGUACUGAAGAACAUGACAAACUAACAAUGCAAUGGGAGGCUCACAUGAAACUUGAAUGAAGGAGACUUUAAGGAAGAAACGAUAAAGAGGAAAGAAGGGGGAGAACCAAUUCUACACUUUUUAUUUAAAAAAAAAGAAAAUGGAAAAAAAGAACAGAAAAACAUAAAACAAAACCACAAAAAACAACCGUUCUGCACCAAACUAGAGAGAGAGAGAGAAGCAGAAGGACCCUCCAGUGGGGUCCUGUGUUUUGAAGAACUUCACCAAUAGACUUUUAAAGGUUAUUUUCAUCCAGUAGUGAGCUACAUUUAGAAAUUCGUUGUCCAGAACACCUAAAAUGAAAUCCAUUAGGUUUUUAAUCCAAUAGGUGUAUGGAUUAGGGAUUUAUCCAGAAUUUCAAAGGGUUUAUGCCCCAUCUUUGGAGUGAUCUCUGUAUCCCAAAACAUACAUGAGAUUUUGGGUCUUUUAUGGAAAUAGGAAGCGGGUAAGGGAGGCUGGUGGAGGAGAGGAAGAUGUUGUCCUAGUGCUCUAAAUUCUGAUCUAAUGCUAAUACACCUAAACAUACAUGGGCAAAACAGAACAUAGAGCACUGGUCAAGAUCAGAAGCAAUGGAGUUGUUUUCCCUUUUGUUGAAUACACUGGAUAAAUCCCUGAGAAAUGCUAUUCCUAUACAAGAUCUCUAAUAAUGUAUGUUGGAUUUCAGUUUCAUUUUAUUUUAUUUGGAAAUUUUCCUCUUAAUCCCUAGCCAUUUUAGUAUAGGAGGAGACAUUUUAGCUGGCCCCCUGAUAGAAUGUAGCACUAUACAGGUCAUACACCCUUUUUACUAUUUUAUGUUGAACUUCAACGAUACCAAUAGACUAUUCCUCAAUGUGAUUGCACAAAGAAAAGUGAUAUAACAUAGGCAUGUAACAAAUGUGAUUGUCCAGGUAUGUAUGUAUGUGUGUGUGUGUGCAGAUGCUGCCUUCUCUCUGUGGUGUGUUCCUCAGCACAGCCAUUACAACUGUCACAGUCUUAGUUUUACAUCAUUCCCUCGUAGUGCCUUACCGAACUACAGAUGCGGUUUAAGGGUUUACUUCCACUGGUACUCCUAGAAACUGACUGAGACUAGUUGGAAUUUAAUCUCAGCUCUUUUUCUUUUGGGGUUGUUAUUGCUGAUUUUCUUCUUCUGGUGGUGUUUUUGGGUUUUUUUUCCCCCCAUGUUGUCAAUCUUAGCUCACUUGGCAAGGUGUUGGGGAGGCUGGUAGGGGCUGGAAGUGCUUAUGUCUGGGUGUUUUGUCUAGCACUGUAUGGGCUGGAAGUAACCGGGCUGGUUGUGAGACCCAGCAUGACUUCCAAAGGGUCUAAGGAUUUGCUUGUAGCUUGGUCUGUUUCUAUCCUAUUGAAACACCAGGUUUCCUCCUGGGAAACUGAAUUCUCAUUCUGCUGUUUGCUAACGUUCUUCAUGGAGUAGAAGGAUAGAUUACUCCCAUCUUUGCUUUAGAAUUAUCCAGCCUGUCAAUUUGUCCUGGUUGUAUGUCUGAAACGGGAACAAAACUUCAGCCCAUGAAAAGGGGAAACACUAGUUAUUGCCAACAUCUCUCACUACAUCCAUCAAUGGGAGGGGGUAGAGAAGGAGGUAAAUUGGGUGUCCAACAGUAAGCAUGCGAAAAUACAGUUGAAAGAGUCAAACUCAGGUUUCUUAAGUGAAAAGAUAAUAUUUUAAGACUUUGGCCCAUACCCACUGUAACAUAGUUGUGACAGUAUCGGUUUCCUCUCCGCCCUCAACUACUUUAUGAAAGAUUUCUUGCUGUGGUAGAGUCCCCUUGAAGCAGGGAGCACGUUGUUACUGUGGCUUCUCCAUGCCAAAGGAACGUCUAAGCACUGUUGCUUUUGACAGGUUUCUAACAGGAGCCUUUUUCUACAGUUGGGUUUGGUUAGGAGGGAAGUUCUGCUGAUAACAGUUGCACUAUUGCAUCGAUAUUCAGAAGUGUCUCUAGAGUACCCAUGUAUAUGGAUGGGCUUGGAAGGAGGGAGAGGAAAGAGUUUGAUGGAAAGUCUCUGUGAAAGCUGAAGUCUACAUGGCUACUCAGUUCCACUCUACAUUUCCCUGUAACUAGAGCAUGAAGUAUUUAAGGAUUUUACAAGAUGCCGGAAAAUAGCAGGUUCAAUGGCAGAGUGACGAGGGAUGCAUUCCCUGGGUGGCAGUAAGGUGGAAAGAGCUGACGAAAAGAUAAGCACAAGUGUAUCGCCUUGUGUUGAGUGCUUGGCUGGCCUGGAAGAAGAAGGGAUUCUGCUGUGUAUAGAUGGUUCAGCAAGAUUAUUGUCUUCUGGCAAACCACCCAAUAGCCUCUGUGGUUGCCAACUCUGAUUCCUGGGCUAUCCUUGCACAGUUUUCUUUUCCUGCCUGUCCUUCAUUCCAGCUCAAUAUACUGUAGAUGAGGAUGUGAUCUCCCAGCAGUCUAUGCACCUUACUCCCUUCCUUUGAAAAGACAACACUUCCCCUUUCAUCUAAGGCAGGAAAAUAAUUUCCCAUUUUGUUGAUGAAGUUCUGUUGCAUUCCUCUCCUGUCCCAUCAGUUCAGGAAUGAGAGCAUCAUGCUGCUUGUGUCAUGAAAAGGAAAGAUAAUGUUAUUUUAUUGUAUGGUUGUUAUGAUUAUUAUUAUUUUAUUAUUAUUAUAUUUUACUCUGGGUUUUAAUUGCACAUGCAUUCCUUAAUCUUUGUUAUUUUUUCUCUUAGUAUUGUUGUUGCUAUUGUUAAUUUUAUUACUCUUCAUCAGUGGCAUCAGAAGGGUUGCUGUGUUUGUGAAAACUGCUGGAGGAAGGGGAAACAAGAUUGUCCUGAAAAUGAAAACCCUGCUAAUAACCUAGGAGGAGUGAGGCUGCUGUGUGAGAGUGGUUACAGCUGUGAGGGGUCAGAAGUUAUCCUGCAUGUCACAUCUGCAUUUCAGGACAAGUCCAGAAACGUUUAUUCAGAGGCCAAAACCAAACAGCAGAUAACAUAAUUAUCUCUCAGGAGGGCUGGAUUAAAGGCAGGUAAGGACCCUGGUGCCUUAAGAUCCAGCUCACCAUUAUUUUGUUUGAUAGGACAUUUACGUGAGAUCAAGACCUACUUGUGCUCCAGGCCAUGCUCAUUUGACCCUUUUGAUUAACCCAAGGCCACAUUAAGUGUUAGGAGUUCAGUUUUCCUAAAGGUGAAAGCAAAUAGAUGGUUCUCCAAAGACAGGACUAUCUGAGGAGCCCCAGUGGAGGAGUGAAUGGGACUCUCAGUCUGGUCACUGGAUAAACAACACUGACACACAGAGAAGGCAUUAGCUAGUUAAAACACAGCCACAAAAAGAGCAGGGUUCCUCUCCUGUUCUUCCACUCUCGCUAAAGAUUAAUGAUGUGUCCAAAGGGCCAGGAUUCUUGGUUUGCUUUUUUUUGUCCUUCAUGUAGAUUCUCCCUUCUUUUAUUAUUAUUUGUUGUGGAAUUUUAUUAAGCUAUUCUAGUUUCUAGAAUUUAGGUAUUUAUGUUUUCAUUUUUAUCACCUGCUCUGUUAGAAUGGGGGGAGCAAUGACUGAAUUUAAACUCCAUAAAAAAUGACAGGACUUCAGCAGAGACUUAAUGUUAAUCAUGCACGUCAGUACUUUGGUAAAGAAGAAAGGACUUAAACCCUUCAAGUUAAUUACUUGUUUAUAUGCUUCUCUGGCUUAGGAUCAUCAAAGCAUGGAAGGCUGUAAUCUCAGUCACAGUAAUGUUUGAGUUGAAUUUAUUGUGCUUUCUCUGUGUACCCCUCUGACCUGCUCUUCCACUCAGGCUUGAAUCUGAUUUUGGGGGGGAGUUUGGCAGUAGAGCUGGUAGAAGGGCACACACUGACAGUGCAAAAGGAUGCAUUGCAUGUCAGAGGAGGCAGCCGUUUGUGUUGUCUGUGCUGGAGUCACUAAUUCGCCAGCCAUAGCUCUGGCACGGUCAGAUGACUGUGGCAACGGGACGCUGCAGUUGCAAGAGAUGGACAGCAUAGCCACUCAACUGCUUUGAUGUUGCAGUGAUGAGUGGGAGCAGUGUUUUCUGGUGGGCAUGGGGGAAGUGAACAACACCUCCCCCCUCACUCCUGAAUGAAGACAUAGUAUGGAAAAGUGUGAUCCCAUUAGCCACAUGGGAAACUGGACCAUAUUAGCAGAAGAAGUAAAAGCUUUUGGUGCCAAGUAUAUAAUAACAGCCAGCUUGUUGUUUGCAAAGUCCUUUGGAGAAGAAAUGGGAUAGGCGUGUUUGGGUUGGGUUGAUGUUCUUUGUGUGUGUGGAGUAAACUGCAUGGAAACUUGAGAGAGGAAGUGAAUGUUUAGAUACUGGAAGUUUUAUGGGUGGCUUAUGGCUGGCACAGUGAAAAAGUAAUCCCUUUCCUCAUCAUCUUGUCUUGCAUUCUUCUCACAUGGGAAGCAGGAAGAUGCAUGGACAUCACCACUCCUUAGAGGUGGAUGUUCAGACUACUGCUGUGAAACCAGAAUGUAAAAGGGAGUGGAAAAAAUAAGUAACAUAAGCAGAACGGAAGAACUGAAUGGAAGCAUUUCUCACUGGAGACUGGGUCAAAUCCAGCUGUUUGAGAGAGCAAAUGCAAUUCCAUCCCCCUCAGCAGAUCUGUCCCUGCUUGUGCCCAACGAAUUGUCUUUCUCUCUCUCUCUCUUUCUCUAGUAGAUUUGUCAUAAUACAUAAGACAUUCCAGGAAAGGGAUGGUUCUAUCUCUGAUGUUUUUUCUUUUUUAUACUUUCAAGGGAUUAUGUCUCACAAUUCGGCUUGAAAGAAAUUCCAUUAGCAAACUUGAAGGGAAGAUAAACCCAUGUUUUUAUUUAACCAAAGAAAACUUUUUUUUAAAGAGAGAGAGAAAGAGACCUCCGGCCAUUUCAGGUAUAGAACUAAGUUACAAGUCACGACUGUCAGGCAAUAGUGCUAAGCUAUGGAAUUCCAUCUUUCUUUUGUCUUCUUUUUCCUUUUCUCUCUCAAGUUUCUAUCAUUGUUUUGAGUAGCUAGCUUGAUGAGCAGAGAAAUUCACACUAAAUAUUGCUGCUAUCCUAAACUUUAGGGGAUGUUAAAAAUUUUAUUCUUCUCUCAUUAUUGUUCACAUUGAUUAAAAUAUGUCAGUGGCAACAAUGCAGUGUUAAAAUUGUGAGCUGCAUAGUGGGGAUAAGCUUCUGGAUGCUCUGCAUGCUUCUGUAGUGUCUCCUUCUCUGGAUUUAGGGUGCUGGUUUUGUUCUGUGGUCAGACCGAGAACAGUGCUGCAAUGAACAGCGUAUGUGUUUUUCCAUGCCUUGGUAAUCAGCCCAACAGAGAGAUCUGCAGUGCUACCUAUUGCCCAAAUUCUGGAUACCUGUAUGCAAGGUCUGAAUAAAUAAUUUUUGCUCAGGGCAGGCAACACACAAGGGGAAAAGGUUGGGAAGGGAAUUAUUUCUUCCUUCCUGCUGACAUCGCUGUGCCUGCUGGGAUCCCAUUUCCCAUGGGAGCUUCAGAGCAGUGGAUCUGCAGUUCUGGACAUUCACCCAUGUUGUCACCCUGUCCCCGGGUCUCCCAGGCACUUUGGUGAAGAGUGCCUGUGUCCAACAUAUAUGGAGUCCCCCCAGCUUACUUCUUGUGGCCUGCUUCUGUGCAUACAAAUCGUUUUACUCCUUCCAUACUCCCAGAGGAGAAGAGGGGUCUCCGUUCCUGGGUUCUUGCACUGUCAUGCUCCAGCAAAACUGCCUUUGAAGACAAUGAGCAUUUCACUGGAGGGCGGACCUGGCCGCAGUCAAGGGCCCGAGCUCUGAACAUUGAGCGAAGUACAAUAUUUUACAGCUGUGGGCAAAGCCAUUGUGGUAGGACAGUGGUAAACUGUAGUGUUUGGGCUCCUUGCUGGAGUACUGGUUUUGAAGAGCAGCAUUCUCCAUGCUGGUCCCUGUCCCAGUGAUACCUUCCUCCUACAGUCCAGGAAUGUCACCAAUUCAGAGUGACACCACCACAUACAUCAGUGCGCUCAUCUCCCACCGCAGGAACGCAGCAGGACCCAGCACAGGGACAGGCCGAUCGAAGUAAGCCUGGGUAGCCUUCAGAUCAGAACCAAGGACUCUGUCCUGAAGAUACUUUUGCCCAUAACAAAAAUAAUUUUGGGAGUAACCCCCCCCCAGUGAAAUUACUCUCCUGUACAAAGCUGCUCAUGCAGGGUAAAGGUUUGCAGAAUCGGAUUCUAGGUGAGCCAGGCUGAGCUCUGCAUGUGUCAAAUAAUUUCGGUGGAAAGACACAUUUUACAGCAUUUAUACAAAUCAAGAGUGAAAUUUGAAUGGUAAAUUAGCUUGAUUCUUCAGAAGUCUUAGGAAGCAUACUAUGAGGCUUUGCUUUCUGCAUUUAUAGUUUGAAACUCCUGUUUCUCAUUUACGGGUUAGCUUUGUCCUUCCACUUUUAGCAGUGCUGCUAUAACAUACUAUUCAUGUGUGUUUGAAGAUAAAGUUUUUGUUUUUAAUCUUUUGCUUAUCAUAGUUAAUCUAAGAAAGGCAAUACUAAAGGUAUAUUUUUUUCCAAAAAUGAUAUUUUUUACUGCACUGAUAAAUAUUGUGACAUCUCUGUUCAUAACUCUUUAGCUGUGAGGGGAACUGUGUGCAGAUUCACACAAACCUUGUAAAUACUUGUGUGUACUUCUGACAGCCAGGGAUUUUUUUUCUUUCUUUAAAACAAGGUUUCCUCUUUGAAAGAAAAAGCAAUGGGCAAAAUGCUCAGAGCAAAAGAAAAGCUUAUCCCACUUUCAGAACAUAGCCAAGGAGUUUUUGCAGUGCUGGCAUAGAGUUAAUAUUUAAUGCAGAUGUGUUCUGAUUUUUUUUUUCAGGAAAUUGUUUGGAAAGGAAAAAGUUAGAAAAGCUUUGGUCUGGAAUUCUGAUCAGAAAUGUUACUCAUCUAUUAUAUGGCACCUCUGAUUAUUGUUUUCCUUUUUUUUUUUUUUUUUAAUAUUGGCUUGUUCUAGGCUUGCUUGCCUGAGUUCUAGGUUAGUCUGUAGGUGUUCUGGGCUCGCCUGCUGCUCUAGAACCACUGACUCCUUUGGAAGCAAACCCUCCUGAUCAGGAUUCUGGAUUCUGAUUGCUAUAAAAGGUAUUCCCGAAUAUUGUGGAAUACCUUCAGUUUUUUAAAGAAGGAUUUAGAUACACUUAUAUUACGCAAACUGUGACCUAAUGGCAAUAAUUACCUCAAAUGUGGGCAUUCAUCCUGGUUUUAGCCUUUUUGAAAACAUGUAGCCAGCUUGAACUUUGAUUCAAAGACUAUAAACUCUGUAUGGGCGGAAUAAUGAUAAAUGCCCACCCUGGUCAUUGUUGCUUGAGUGAAUUCUGAAGACAGUGAAUCUUUAAAAAGAAAAAAUUAAACCAAGGAAUAGAUUACUCUUUUAUGUAUUUUAAUCAAUUGUGAUGUUAAAAUGCACAUGUAAGUAUAUAUGUUUAUAGCUACUGUAAAAUGCUUUGGCCUUCUAGAAGAUAUUUAAUGAGUCACAUUUUAAACCAAUAUGAACUAAAUAAUAGACUGUGGCUACUUAAACAGUUUUCUGGCUACAUUUUAUAGUUAUUACAGUGUUUUAUAGUUUACAUUUAAACUGGUACUUUUUAAGGGAAAUCUUGUGUUUGUAAGUGACACCUUCAAAAACUCAGUACAGCUGCCUCUUUUUAAUUUUGCCCUUUAAAAUGGAAAAGUACAAGUGUGUCUUUAAUAUGUAUAUUCUGUUUUGAGAUAUAACAUAGUGUUGGAAAGUCAAUCCAGAUCAAGUAAUCCACUGUAUUCCAAAGUCUGGUUGAAAAAAAUACUCCACCCACUUUGAAGUUUUAGCACGUAUAGUCCAACAGAUAAGCUAUUUGUUUGCUUGUUUUAAUAACGUACUCUAUCAAAGCUGCUUGGGUUGAAGCAGGGAGCAUACUACUUCUAUGUACGAUCUACUAUUCUAUGUAGGAUCCUCAUCUGGAUGAAGAUACCCAUAUAAGGAGAAUGAAGGAUAUUCAAAGGAAGGAAUGUAUUGUACUGUUGAUAACUCAUUAGCUGACUGAUUGAUUCCUGAGUUACUGAAUGCCUGUUUUAUUUUGGUUUUUUUGUGUGUGUGAUAGCCACUCAGAGGCAAUGCUGUAAUUUGGCUUUCAUCUGUUCACCCCUUUAUUACAAAUGAUGCUUACCACCCCAAAAGUGUUUUGAACCAGUAAACGAAAUACAAAGUUCAUUGACCAUCUCCUUGUCAACUUUAUUUUCUUAGCCAAUGUCAGUUCCUAUCAAUGCUGUUUCCUUGCUGUUAUAAGUUACUGUGUAUUUUGCAUUUUGAUAUAUCACGUUACCCCCCUCCCCAGUCUCGCUUAGCCAUGAGUACCUGUCUAGUUUUGUCUUCGUUUUCUUUCACUUGGGUAACCAAUGAACAAGGUAUAAAAGUCUGCUGGGCAAAAUGGUACUUUUAGUUCAUGAAAAUACAGGAAUUGGCAUUCAAAAGGAAAAAAAAUCUAUCUGAAGAGCUGAGCUUCAGUUGUGGAGCUUGGGUACUCUCGGGAAGGCUCCUUGCGUUCUUCCGUCAUGCCUGACACAGCUGUAUCAGCGAGCUUAGGAACAGAGGUAGUAAAAGCAAGUGGUCAGUGCUGCUUUGCAGUUGGGCUCCUGUGCUGCUCCCAGUACAAUCAGUGGCCGGGAGGUGAGGCCAGGGCAAUCAGCUUGGCCUCCGCCAUUACCUCCAUUCGUGGCUGCCCUGCGUGCCCUGUAAUCCACAUUACCAAAGCGAUAACUUACCAUAUGACAGCGGAGGACUGUGAGCAGCACUUGGGCAAACUGGAAAACGUCCACCCUCUCAUAGCGCACAGUCACACAAGCACUGUAUUUUGCUGCCCGCAGCGUCUGCCUGCUCUUUUGUUAUUACGGGGGGGGGUCAGACCCAGAGAUGAAUGAAGGCGCAAGAGUCUUUUUGAACACUUUGGCUUGGACCUUGCUAAGCAAGAAGGGGUUUCCAACACUGGCAACGCACAUCCCGUAGAAUCUGAAUGGUUACAUAUAGCACCUCUGCCCUCAGAAAGGAAAUCAAAUGCUUCUGCAAUGCUUCCACGUUACGUGGUUACAUACAACACUUCUGGCUUUUCUUUUUUCCCCCUUUAUUUCUUAUGUGUUUGGGUUUGUUUUGUUUUGUUUUGUUCUGUAUUCUUCUUGAAAUGAAACUUCCAUGGAUAUUCCAGGGCACAACCAUUUCAGGUGUAAAAAGGAUCUCCUCAUCCCAUGUUUCACCAACAAAGAAAACAAGGCAUCUUGGGUACCAGAUUCUACUUGGGCAGAAUCAGAAUGUAGCCUGUAUCUUUUAUACCAAAUUAAAUUUCUGAAAGGAGAGGAAGUGUAAUUAAUAGCUUUAUUAAAGAAGUGUGUGUGUGAGAGAGAGUAAGAGAAGGAGAGAGAAAGAGAGAAGAAAGAGAGGCAUCUAGGAAGUUGAAGAGUCUAGACUUCGGGUAGUUAAAAAUGAACCAACAGGUGAAACAUUUUUUUAUGAAUAGCAAAAUCCUUUUGAAAAAAAAAAGGGGGGGGGGGAAUGGAGGGAAUGUUUUAUACCUUUUGACUGCCCACAAAGCCAGUGUACUCUGGAAGGAAAGUGGAAGUUAACAUACACUGCACCAAAAUUUUUAAGGGGAAGAGGGGGGGGAAAAAGCUGUGAAUUACUAUCACGAUUGCAAGAGAAAAGAUGCCCCUGCCCCAGCUCUAUAUCUUGAAUGGUUCUUUCUCUACAGUAUCAUCUCAGCCCAGUAACCCCACAAAAGCCCUGAGCCGUUGUGUUCCUUCACUGUACGGUUUCUGUAAUAAGAGUGUUAAUCCAUGUUAAUCUUUGUGAAAAUUAUUGUGUGCAACAGUAUUUUCUUGUGUACUGCUUUUUUCCUACGUGACUUGUCCCUUUCUUUUUUUCUUUUUUGUUUCUUUCUUUUUCCUUUUCUGUUUUUUUUUCUUUUGGUAAAUAUGUCUUUCUUCUUUUAAAAAAAAACAAAAACAAACUGAUGUGUUGUAGACCUAUAUGUAACCUAUUCCUUAGUCUCAUAUUAUAGGUAUGUUAUAAGAAUGGAUAUUUUACUUGGCUUUAGAAUGUUUUACAAGAAAACUAAUUCUUAACCAAUCAAGUUCUUGCUACUAAAAAAAAAUGCUUGUGUUUUUCAUCAUGACGUUGUGUGCUUCUAAUUAAUAAUCAUUUUCGUUGUAGAAAAAUGGAGUGAAUUUAUAUUAGUCUUGGAAACUAAUAAUAGCAUUGUAAAUUUAUGAGAUGAUUUUAACAGAAAAUACAUUAUAGAAGAAUAUAGUUAUUUUAAUUGUAAUAUUACUAACUGUAGGGUGAGAAAGGAGGUCCCGUUGUGGUGAACUAUGUUAUAGCUUGUUAUUCACAGUUUCUUUUUGAUCAUUUUUUCGGUCUCUGAGGUGAAACGAGUUAUUAAUCAGAAUUUGUAAACUCACAUAUGCAUAUUGUAUAUGUGUAGAAAUGUAAUCACACUUUGUCUUGGAAUUACAUUAAACUGUUUUAAGUCACUGCAAA